UAAAGCGUACAAACCCUAAUUUCCUAUGUUGUUCAUAGAAAAGUGAAGAACAAAAAAUGAGAAGAUCAAUAUCAAAUUAUCUCCAUGAAGAAGUGGUGGUUGAAAUAUUGAAGAGACUGCCAGUAAAAUCUCUGUUGAAAUUUAGAAGUGUUUGCAAAUUAUGGUACUCUCUAAUCACAAACCCUAAUUUUAUUUCCCUUCACUUAACUCACAACAAAAUCGACUCCCUUGUUUGGAAGAACUCUGCUGCUCGUUCCUAUGAAUACACAUUUGUUUUGCACAUAUAUAAUGACUCAUUUAGUGAGCUUAAACAAAAAUUUGUUAUGAACAGUUACAUUGUUGGUUUAUGUAAUGGUUUGGUUUGUUUGUCUGAUAAUAGACUAUAUAAUCGCCUGAUUAUAUGGAACCCGGCACUUAGAGAGUUUAUUACAACAUCUUUACGUCAUUGCACUAAUCUGUUUGCUGGAUUUGGGUUUGAUAGACAGAACAAUGACUACAAAGUGGUGAACAUUGUUUAUGAUUAUUACCACUAUUCUAAGAGAUAUUCUUCUCUACCAGAUAUCGUCCAGCCAGAUUCUGUUGCGAUUUUUGAACUCAGCUCCAAUGUUUGGAGGACUAUCACAUUCAAGAAUCUAAGUUGCUGGGUUACUAACGAAUCUUGUGUUUAUUUGAAUGGGGUUAGUCAUUGGUUAGCACAAACAUACGAUGGGAUUUCUACAAAACGAACCAUAUUAUCAUUUGAUUUGAGCAACGAAGCAUUUAAAGAGUUGAUGCUCCCUCAUGCCCUAGCUGAAGAAACUAAUGAGGUUCGUAUUUUGUUAAAAGUGUACCGUCAGUCAUUAACUGUGACACACUAUGAAAGAUGGAGGUGGAUAUACCGGAGUUACUUACAGUGUUCGAUUUGGGUAAUGAAAGAUUAUGGUACACCAGAAUCUUGGACUAAACAAUUUACCAUAGAUUUAGAAAAUCAUAGAGGUUUCAAGUCGGUGCUAAAUUUUCAAGAGAAUGGUGAAAUUCUCUUUGUGUUGCGUCUUGACGAUGAGAUAAUUUCUUAUGAUCCUAAGACACGAAAGGUGACCCGUCAUGGAGUCUAUAGAUCUGGCUUAGUGGUGCAUUCUAAUUACAUAGAGAGCCUUGUUUUACUCAAGGGAAAAAGGAACAUCGGUAACCAAUUAGAAGGUUAA